GUUUAUCACUAAGAUUACCAAUUAGAGUGUAGCUUAUUUUAAACCCUAAUAAUGCUGUUUGCAAUAUAGAUAAGAAACAUCAAGCAUAUAUCAUUUUUUUUUUGCAUAUUUCUGAUCUCUCUUGAAUCAGAAAAAAUAUCAGCUGCUAGCAAGAAGAAAAGAAAAAGUUGAAGAAGUUUGCUUAACACAAAAUAAUGGGUUCCAUGCUUCUGAUCAAGAAGAUUAGUCUUCUGUUCCUUCUGGUUUCAGCUUCACUUUUAUCAACUUGUUUGGCAGGCCGACGAAUAUCAACUUCUGUGAAUAAGUUGGGCGUGGCAGUGGAGGCAACUCAUGAGGAGAAUCCAUCACAAAAUGAGGAAGUGAUCAGUGUAAUACAUGAAAGGCUGCUGAAGGUAAACACAAAAGACUAUGGCAGAUACGAUCCAGCACCAACUUUUGUCAAGCCUCCUUUCAAGCUCAUCCCAAACUGAUCAUCAUCAUCUCAAAAUCCAUCAUCAAGCUUGGUCAAUUAAUUGGCAUGCUACACUACAGCCUGAUCGAUCGCCAAGUAGUAAUUAAGUAAAUAAAGGAAGCUGCAUGUAGAUGCAGCAGCCACUACUACUACUACUACUAUAAUUAGCUUCUAUAUAUAUAAAUAUAUAUAUAUAUAUUACAAAUAGCGCAUAUAUAAAUAUUGUGUAAUGUCUCUGAUCGUUUGUAUAUUAAGAUGCAGAAACUAAGUUUUGAAUCCCAGUAAUCGAUAUGUUAUAUAGUUUAA